AUGUGGAUGCAGAAUCCAGCGGCGAGCGGCAACUUUCACGACCGCAAUCGCUUUGGUUCGCAAUACGGUCAGAAUUCGUACAAUGGUGGGUCGGCAGCCAAUUCCGGAGCGGGUGACUGGAAAAGCAAGAUACUUGAAAGUGGCCAAUGGCUUGGAGGCAAAGUCAUUGAGCUCGGUGGAAAACUUGCGCGUGGGCCGAGCACCGACUCUAUCCCAGGUCACUACGCACAACAGAUGCCUCGCAAUGAUGGUCGUGCCAAUUGGAUGGCAGAUAUCCGCAGCAACACGACAUCGUUUUCUCAAGGGGGUAUUGGAGGGUACAAUGCCAGUGGAGGGGGUUACCAAAACGAUUUUGCCACAGAACGACCUAAGGCGUAUUCGGACUAUGGCCAGGGAUACUCAAGUAACCCGUCAAGAAGUAAUGAGGUAAAUAGAUUGGAUCACUGCUCGUCAGAUCAUCACAAAAGUCGUCAUGCGAAGAAGAAAAACGAAAGCAAGAAAGGCAAGAAAAAGAGCAAGAAGAACAAGAAGAAGCAAUCGAGCGAAAGUGAUUUUUCUUCCUGUGAGAGUGAGGAGGUCGAAGAGGCGAGUAUUUCCGAGUCAACUGCAUCAGAGGCAUCCAACGAACGACGACACAAGAGCAAGAUCAAAAAGAAAUUUCAGUCUAAAAAGAAAAGUGAGUUUUACUCAGAGAGCGAGAGUGAAGAUGAAGUGAAGAGCAAAACGUCUGCAGAGUAUAAAUUUUCAUUUGAUCCAGCCAAGUUGCCACCUCCACCUGUAAAGAAGAAGAAAGAGGCGACAGAAAAAAACACAUCGAAGAAGAGUAAAAAGGACAAGAAGGGGAAGAAAUCACGCCGACGAUCCGUUGCAUCCUCAACCGACGAGUCUUCUACCGAAAAUGCAAAAGUAAAGGCGAAAAAACGCAGUGAAAAAAAGUCGGCAAUAGUCAGUGCCAGUGUUGACUUGUUGGGUGUAGAUUUCGAUGCACAUUCUGCCUCAUCAAUUCAGAAAACGCAGCCAUCACUUUUUGACCCACCGCCAAGCCAAACCCCAUUGCAAGAUCUUGCUGGAUUGAGCUUUGAGGCCCCUCCCUCAGCUUUUACUCGAGCUCAGCCAACCAAUUUUGAGAGUGCUGCUUUUAUCAGUGCUCCUUCACCGGAGCAAACACAGACAUUCACGUCGAACUUGUUACCAGAGAACAAUAUUGUCAAUUUAAACGAUUUAGCCAGCGAGAAGAAGUCUCUGUCGGCUCAUCCUGGUGAAAAACGUACCCUGAAUGAAUUGCAAAAGGCUCGCGGUACCGACCAGUUGACACCAGUGAUGGCCAUUCCGAUGCAACACUUGCAGCAACAAAAUUUUGCGCCUGGUGGCAUGAUGCAUCUAAGCAUGAGCAUGAAUCAACUCCAGCUUUCAAAUGACGGAUCUAUCCAAGCGUAUCCGAACAUGCAGUCGCAAAUGAUGACAAUGCCGCCUCAGAUGGUCAGGAUGGUCCAGCCUCACAUGCAAGUGAAGAACCAGGUCGCACCAGAAGGUACUCAACAGACAUCACGCGGCCUUUCGACUGAAUAA